CCCCCCUUCUCUUCGGUCUAUGCUCUUUGCUUCUUUUGUGCUUCUUGUGCGCUCAACCAUCCAAGGAGUUCUUCGGAUCGCCUAUCGUCUUUGGUAUCUUUCCAACUCAACCUGUCACCGCCUGGUGAUCCACUGAUUCAAAAUGACCUCCCGUAUUGACAAGACUAUUGCUCGACAACGAGAAAAGAUCGCAUCCGGGGCCUACUACGAAGCUCAUCAGCAACUGCGGGUCAUCGCCGCGCGGUACAUCAAGCAAGCGAACUACGAUGCGGCAGCGGAAAUACUGGCAGGCGGUGCCACUGCGCUCUUAAGGGCCGGAUCCCAGCAGGGUGCUUCUGCCAGUGGUGGGGAUCUGGCUAUUAUGCUGGUGGUCGAGGUCUACGUAAAGGCGGGCUGGGAGAUUACUGGAGGCAAUGAUGAUACGGAGGGGCGGGCUCGGAAGAAGCGCCUCAUCGAACUUCUAUACGAAUUCCCGGCCGAGGAGCCCACGCGAAAGAGGUUCAUUCAUGAAAUCAUCGGCUGGAGUGGCCGGUUCGGACCCUUGGAAAGAGGGGACGCCGACUUGCAUCAUGCCGCUGGAUCGGUAUACGCUGAAGACCACGAGCCCUAUGAUGCCGAGAAGCAUCUCAUCUUUGGUACAUCGGAAUCCGCGGAGACCCUCGCGAAGCUCGAGUAUGAGUGGUACACCCAAGACGAACCGCAUACCGCCGCAAUUUAUGCAUCCCGUGCCGUAUUCCCAUACCUCUUGAUUGGAAACCUCCGCAGCGCCAACAAAGCCUUCCUCAUCUUCACGUCCAAGCUCUCCUUGAAUCCCGCACUCAGUGUGCAAGAGGUCAGCAGCGCUAGCUCUGACGCACGUGUCUUCCCAGCAUUGCCUUUGCUUAAUUUUAUAAGCAUGCUGCUUCUCACGAUCCAGCGCGGCAGUCCGGAUCUGUUCAAACAGCUGACCGCGCAUUAUGCGUCCCAAAUCCAAGAUGUCGGCAUCUGGGACGAUGCGCUGGCCCAGCUGGGUGAGCAAUAUUUUGCAAUCAAGAUCCCGAGACAGAGCAACCCCCUGCUGGAUAUGAUGGGCAGUAUGUUUUUCGGUGGCGGUCAGAACAAUGCCGGUGCGCAGCGGGGAACGCAGGGUAGAGGGACACCGAAGAAGGUAGAAGCGCCCCCGACGAGCAUGGAGCUGGAUUAGGAGGUUGGUGGAUAUUUUAGCGCAAUGUAGAUGAAUGCAAGGUGGACAUAUUAUAUCGGUCAUGCAUAAUGAUGGGCAUAGUCGGAAUGAAACCAUUAGACCCUCGUGUCGACUUCAGCUUCGUACAUCC